AUUAAAACUCUUAAAAGAACAAGCUUCAAAAUUACUGUUUCUUAGAGUCACAUCCAUUGGGUGGCCCUUUUGUAAUUAACCGUUAAUGACUUGUUCUUUGUUGGUGACCAAAAACAUAAUUAUGCUCCACUUUUGCCUUCUUUGUUUCUCUGCUCCGUCUCCGGCUGUCUUUGUCUCCACCCAUCAAUCUGCCUGCCUCCCUCUCUCUCAUUGCGAGACCAUCACUCUGCGUAUCCCUUGCCAUUUGAUGGAGAUCCAUUCCUGUCAGCUCCCGGUCACACCCCUCUCUUCUUUUCACCUUUUUCCUCCUACCGCCGCUCUGCUAAUGUCAAUGCUCUCCAUCAUUGUUUUGUGCACUGCCGUCGUUGUUCUUCUGUUCGGUCUUCACUCGAUUAUCGCACCGCCUAUCUCAUUGCCUCGAUGUGGUGCCUUUCAUCUACAUCACCUCUUCCGACUUUUUCUCCCUUUGUUGUUACUUACCCCUACCCUGCAUAAUUUCACUACCCUUUCCACACAACCCAGCUCUCCUGUUUUUUUCUCCGUUCGUUGUCUACGCCGCGACGAUGGUGACCCACAAGCUCCUGUUCCAGCUGACGGAAAAAGACGGCCUGCACACUCUUCUCAAGCUGCGGCUGGUUCAUGCCUGGGGUUCAUAUGGCCUUAAGAAUCCUUCCUACAUUUUUAACUACUGCACCCUCUGGAACGAUGAAGAGGGUACGCUGAUUCAAGGUAUCGCCCCGGCUAAGUUGGCCCAGCAUUUCGCCCCUCUUCUUCAAAUAGGAAAUGUCUACAUGAUAAGCGGCGUCGUCGUUCAGCCUCCAAGCCCUACUUACCGGCCGUGUUCCCAUAACCUCUGCAUUGUCCUUUCAUACGACACGCAGAUUACAGAUGUUACUGCUUCUGAAUCUACAUUUUUGAACGAUGCUUUUGAGUUUGUUUCGUUCGCUUCGCUGCAUUCUCGCAUCCGUUCCACUGUAUUUCUCACAGAUGUCGUUGGCGCGGUUGUCAGUGUUACUGGUAUUUCUCAUGGUUUUACAUCCUUUGGUAGCGCUAUUCGUCGUGAAGUUGUCAUUCAGAACGAGAGUCACCUGUUGCUGGAUAUAACGUUAUGGGGUGAGAUAGCUCGGGCUGUUGAUGGUGAGGAAUUGGCACACCUCGGCCGUUCUGGACCUGUUGUUCUUGGUUUCGGGAGCCUACGGGUCACUGGUGCCACAAAGGGCGGGUUUUCUUUGUAUAGCACACCUGGAACGCGCAUCUUGCUUGAUCCAUUGUCGGAGAUGACUCACGUGAUCCAGUCUACGUUCUUUGCUGCAAGGAACAGUGUGCAAUAUUAUCCACCCCGGUUUCCCACCCCUGAGGAUGCUAUUGCAUUUGAGGCUGAUUGUACAAAGACUCUUGAACAGCUGCCUGCUCUUUGUGACACACUCCAACCUGAUUCUACUCGGUAUCAUUGUUCCGGUCAAGUGGUUGCGAUCGACUCCUCCUCACAGUGGUAUUAUUUAGGCUGUGGCUUCUGCUCAAAGGCAGCCAAGCCAUAUAUUCGUCCUGAUCUUUGGUGUGAGGAACAUCGUCGUUUGGAGCCCCAGCAAACGCAAAACUGCUAUCGGGUACGCAUGACUGUCGUGGACGAUACGUCGUCAGCAGUUUUUGUUCUGCUCGGUAAGGCUGCUGAUGCUCUUGUGGGGACAACGGCACCUGAAUUGUCUGCUCGGUUCCCGUUUCAGCGUGGCCAUUUGCCACCGGAUCUCCUUGCUCUUGAAAAUCGAACCCUGGAAUUUGAUGUCCAGCUGCCUAAAACAGAGUACUUGGCGCGUGGCCAGUAUGAAUUCUCAGUUCUGGCCGUUCAAGAACCCGAACAGGUUGCACCUGCAUUGCCACGACUUCCACCUCCCUCUCCACAGGCAAAGAUAGUUGGUUCUCCGUUACCAUCGGCUACGAGGUCUCGCUCACUCUUAAUUUCCCCCGGUCGUGCUUCAUCACUCCCAGCGUCGCCUGGAAGGCAUGGGAGUUUUUCGUCACAAGACCCUGCAUCUUCCUCGGUUCACCCAAUUGCACCUGCAAGGUUUGGUGCUUCAUUUGUCUCAGAUCCCUCUGUUGCAAGUUCUCCUGUUAUGUAUGCAAGGCCUAGAGCUACAGCUAACCUUAGCUCACCUCCGUUACACCCCACACAUGGCACAUUGGAUACUUCUUCUGAACAAGAGCCACUUGAACUUGAGUCUGCUCAGCUUAAUCUUUCUCCAGCGAAAAAAAAAAGGCCACUCCCGAAAAAGUGCCCCUAAAAAGUCUGCAAAUCAACAGAGCACAUUGGAUGCCUCUUCUGAACAAGAGCCAGUUCAAUUUGAGUCUGCUCGGGUUGAUCUUUCUCCAGCAAAAAAAAAGGCCGCUCCCGAAAAAGUACCCCUAAGAAGUCUGCAAAUCCGCAGAGGACUUCAUUACAUGGGAAGAAUAUUCAGCAAAUCCAACUGGAUCCUGUGCCUGUUUGGCCAUUGUCUGAAGAUACACUCCAUCAAUCUGCUUCUGAUGAAGAACCCCUUUUUCGUGUUGAACGGCGAGGCAGUGCUCCCUUUCCCCAUCACCAGACAAUUUUUGAUGAGCUUGUUGAAAUUGCGGAGGUUGAGCAGCUGUCUCCGGUCGCUAAACAUCGCCGACUUAUUCCACACCGGGAUCAUCUUGCUGGAUCUGCAGAUGAGCUUAUACCUAAAUAUAGUGAUUUCCCUGAUGACACUCCCCUGCCUCAGAAUAGUUUGGACCCUUCGGUUGCUGCUGCUGUGUUCCCUGUUAGUAUUCCCCCUACAUCUGGUCUGCCUUCGCACUCCGUUCAAGAAAUUGAUGCUGAGGUCAGACCAAAAAGAACCCGAACACCGUCCAGGCGAGCAGCAGAGUCUGCCUUGCAGGUUACCCCAAACAAAAAAGGAACUGCUGCCUCUCCUCGCAAAAAAAAAAUCUAAGAAGCAGCUGUUUACUUCCUGAACCAUUGGAAUGGUGAUUGAAUUCUGCUCUCUACCACCUUUUGAAGUUGUCAGUGUUGCUUUUGUUUAGGAACGCUCUUUUGUGUAUUAACUUCAUAACAGAACUUGUAUUUCAAUCGACUUGUCUUUAAGUUCUGUCUGAUAUUUGCCACACCUUUUGUCUUGAUGAUCAGGCAUGUAACGCUUAUUAUGUAAUCGUACAAUGACUUCCUCGGAUAUAUAUGUUAUUCGUCUCAAACUGAUUUCCUAUAUUUCUAUUAUGCUGUGG